AUGGCUGCGGCCAAGCACGAUGUCGCCUUAGUGCAAAAAAUUGUGGUUAGCUUGCUGCUGAAGCCAGAAGAAGACCUGCACACGUUGUGCUCGCUGUCUGCCCCAGGAAUGGAUUCCCUGGUGACGACCGAGGUGAGACAGUGGUGCGAAAGGACUUCUGAAUUCGAUAUCAGUGUGCUUGAAAUGAUGGACAUAGACACAAUUGAGGCCCUUGUAAAGCACGCUGCGAAAGAACUGCUCAAAUUGUUCCAUGGUGGUCAGUAG